AUGUCCGCCCCAUCCUCACCGCCCGCAAGUACGACACAAGUUCCCUACCUAGCGUACAAGUCGAAAAGGCAUUCGCGAAACCUCUCCAAUCCUAUGUCACAUUUAGUCCCAAAUCAAUCGCCUCCUCCAGUUUCUAGACCGUCCAGUAGCGCGGGUUCGUCAGCAACACUCCUCCUCCAACCCCCUAAGUUGCUACUCGACCCUGAAGAAGUGGAUCCCAACCUGUCGGGAUUGCUUGACGCCGAAUCUCGCCCUUCUGCUUCUCCAGGUUCCCCUCUUGCCCCCUCUACACUGGACCAUAUGCUAUCCGUGUCUCCACCCCCACCAGUGAUGAAGGACUUCAAAACCACAUCUGAAAUAGAACCCCCUCCUUCAAUGGUUCCGCAAGAGGACCGCGGGCCCAUGUCGUCCGACCAGCGUCCAGUUAGUACGGGAAACGCGAAUACAUCCUCUUUGAAGACAACACCAGGAACCUCCAUGCCCUUUCCUAACGACUCUCAAGCCUCUCUGCCCAAGUCGACUCCCAGGAAGUCCUCAACAUUCCGACGUGUUCCCUUGAAGAGUACUCGUGCCCCCCAGCCGUCUUCCCACCUCCGCAAUGUUUCUAUGCCAUCUUUACCGCCCCCUCCCCCAUCUGGAAACGUGGCACAAGAGGAACAUCCAGCCUCAGUGACGCUGCCUGUUUCUCCGAGUCCGUCAGAACUUAAUUCCCUGCCCGACCCCUUCCAACAUCAGGACAUUGCGCCUCGUUCAAGCCAGAUAACCCCUCCCAUUAUUCCCCGACCCUCUUCACCGCCAACUCAGCCACUGCUAAGGUCAACAUCGACACCUAUGCCAGCAGACGUCGACACCGUGCCAGAUCAUGCCUUGAAUUCUGUUCGAGCCCCCGUACGGAAGCCAGCGCCAUACCGUCCUGGGUUCCAACCGAAGGGGGUAUAUCGCCCACUAACGGAUGAAUUCCUUGCUAUCCGCCGUAUAAAACGCGACGGAGAAGGUGACGCAGGUACGCAAAGGGUGGAACGUACCAAGUUAGAGCGACGCUUAGAGAAGUUAAUUGCACUUCAUUUCCCUGAUUGUUCACAAAGGGAAGGGUCCAAGGAGAAGGCGCAAACGAGCAUUGGAAUGUUAAGAAAUGAGAAUAGGAGAGCAUCUUCUCUCUUCGAUUUCCAGAGUCUGAGGAAUAUCAGUGAGCCUGGCGAGCUCCUGAGGGUUUUCGGUGGUGGCUUUGGCGACGCGACGAAGAACGACAUCAGAGCGGUUGAACAGCGGAUAACACCCUGGCAAGAUGACGCGUCUGUCAACAAGUGUCCUCUGUGCCUUGCUUCAUUUCAUCCUCUGACCAAUCGCAAACACCACUGUAGAUUAUGUGGGCAAAUUAUCUGUUCCUUGCCAAUCAAACAUCCCCAGCGGAAGGCACUUUGUUCAAUACUUUUCGUCGUCGAUAAACAGACUAGACAAAUAGAAGAAGUGGGUCAAGGGGUUGAUUAUGGAGUCAGGAAAAGGAAGACAAGUCUUGCACAAGGGCAGCCAGCGAAGCAAGAAGAGGAUGACAAGUUCCUAAAAGGUGUUCGUAUUUGUCAGAAAUGCAGGCCCACCCUCUUGAGACAACAGUACGAACAGCAAGCCCACACUAUUCCACCGUUUGUUAAGCUACACGAGACCUUCAUUAGUCUAGAGGCAGACAUAGAAGAAGCACUUCCUAAAUUCCAGGAACUUCUCAUGAGUUUGAACCACCAUGACCAGCCAACCAAGGAAGCUUCUGCGGCUCGAAAGCGUUUACUGGAGGCCUUUGCCCAAUAUGAUAAAUUGUCAAAGACAAUACGAGCUUUACCGUGUCCAAACGGUGCCGGUAGCUCCCAGGAUCGUCUUCAAAUGGCCGUCAUGACGAGGGCCAACCUAUUUCUGCAGAAAAAUAUGUUUCCUCUCCAGUCAUUACCGACGCCGCAUUCAAACCGGACAGUGGCCAAGCCAAAUGGGACAUCAGUAGAUGCCUCCACCUUGGUGCCUGAUAUGGACGCGGCUUUGGCACACGCAUUGCAACCCCUCCUCGAGCAAGAAGCAUUGUUAGAAUCCUUCGUGGAGGAAGCGCAGGCGCAACGGAAGUUCGAAGAUGUGAAGAGUCUGAAGAUUAAUUUGGCAGAGAUUCGGCUCGAGAUAGAGAAGCUUCUAGAUGGAAGUAGGACAUAG